AUGCCCAGAGAAAUUAUCACACUUCAAGUAGGACAAUGUGGAAACCAAAUAGGCAUGGAAUUUUGGAAGCAACUUUGUAUGGAGCAUGGGAUUAAUAAUGAAGGCAUACUAGAAGAAUACGCAACUGCAGGCGAUGACCGUAAAGAUGUGUUCUUUUAUCAAGCGGACGAUGAACACUAUAUUCCCCGCGCAUUGCUUAUCGAUUUAGAGCCGAGGGUAAUCCAUACAAUACAGACUUCUAUGUAUGCAGCCUUAUAUAACCCUGAAAAUAUUUAUAUGAGCAGAGAAGGUGGGGGUGCAGGGAAUAACUGGGCAAGUGGGUUUUCCCAAGCUGAAAGAGUCAAUGAUGAAAUCAUGGAUAUGAUAGAUAGAGAAGCUGAUGGCAGCGACUCUUUAGAAGGGUUUGUGCUGCUUCAUUCUAUUGCAGGAGGCACUGGAAGUGGAAUGGGGUCUUAUUUAUUAGAAAGACUUAAUGACAGAUUUCCUAAGAAAUUGAUCCAAACUUAUUCAGUUUUCCCAAACCAGCUUAGAACUUCUGACGUAGUUGUGCAGCCUUAUAACUCAUUAUUGACUUUAAAAAGACUGACACUUAACGCUGAUUGUGUAGUUGUGCUAGACAAUGCGGCACUAAAUCACAUUGCAGUAGACAGACUAAAAAUUCCAAACCCAACCUUUGCACAGACUAAUGCUUUAGUAUCUACAGUUAUGGCAGCUUCUACAACGACAUUGAGAUAUCCUGGAUAUAUGAAUAAUGAUUUAGUAGGCCUCGUUGCUUCACUUAUCCCGACUCCUAGAUGCCACUUUUUAAUGACUGGCUAUACUCCUUUAACUGUGGACCGACAAAUCAGCUCAGUUCGGAAAACGACAGUUUUAGAUGUAAUGAGAAGGCUUUUGCAGACAAAAAAUAUUAUGGUUUCGACUAAUACAAAAAAGGGGGUUUAUAUGAGUAUUUUAAAUAUCAUUCAAGGAGAUGUAGAUCCUACACAAGUUCACAAGUCACUACAGAGGAUUAGGGAAAGAAAACUUGCAAAUUUCAUCCCUUGGGGGCCUGCGUCUAUACAAGUUGCACUUUCAAGAAAAUCACCGUAUGUAGAAACUUCACAUAAGGUGUCAGGACUUAUGCUUGCGAACCAUACGAGUAUUGCGGAUUUAUUUGAUAGGAUUAUUAGUCAGUAUACAAAAUUGAGAUCAAGGAAUGCUUUUUUAGAUAUAUUUAUUUACCAUGAAUAGCCCGUAAAGAGCAUUUUUUGGUUGGCCGGACAAUAUCUGGCAUGCCAAAUUCGUUGGCAUGCCAUAUUUCUGGCUAACCAAAUUUAAGAAUGGCUAACCAAAAAAAUGCUCCUUAGUCGGCUAUUCUUGGCAAGCAGGUAUAAUUAUAAAAAGGAAAGAAUUUUUUCAGAAAAUUUCGAAGAGUUUGAUAGAUCAGAAGAAAUUGUAAAAGAGCUAAUUCAAGAAUAUAAAGCUGCAGAAAAAGAAGAUUAUAUAGACUGGGGAAAUAAUGCUGAUUCUGAUACAGAUAUUAGGAUGAAAUAA